AUGCACUUGCUUCUGCCCGUGUCCCUGCUGCUGGCCUGGGGGGGCUGCUGCUCCGGCCUGAACGGGACCUCCACGCCCCCCAUGACCACCCUGACUCCCACGGAGCCGGCCGACCACUGCUCUCCCUGUGACUUCCGCGAACACAACAAGCUCCUGCGGCUCCAGAACAUCAAGUCCCAGAUCCUGAGCAUCCUGCGCCUGGAGCGGGCCCCCAACAUCAGCCGGGACAUGAUCCGCACGCUGCUGCCCAAAGCCCCCCCGCUGACCCAACUGCUCGACCAGUACGACCCCCGCGUGGAGGAGGAGGAGCGGACCAGCACCGAGACCAUCAUCACCAUGGCGACCAAGCCCGACCAUCUGAUCCAGAACCAGUGGUCCACCUGCUGCCUCUUCAGCCUGAGCCCGAAGAUCCAGCCCCGGAACAUCCUGAGCGCCCAACUCUGGGUCCACCUGCGCCCGCCGCACACAGUCAGCAGCGUGUUCUUGCAGAUCUCUCGCCUCAAACCGGGCCGAGAGGGCAACAGCACCAGGGUGAGGGUGCGGUCGCUGCAGCUGGACAUCGACGCCGGCGCCGGGUCCUGGCAGAGCGUGGAUAUAAAGUCCUUAUUGCAGCUGUGGCUCCGAACCCCCGAGAGCAACUACGGCCUCGAGAUCAACGCCUACGACUCGCACGGAGAGGACCUGGCCGUGAAGUCUGCGGAGCCCGGCGAGGAGGGCCUGCAACCCUUCAUCGAGGUGAAGAUCCUGGACACCGUGAACCGUUACCGGCGAGACACGGGUCUGAACUGCGACGAGAAGUCCUCCGAGACGCGCUGCUGCCGCUACCCGCUCACCGUGGACUUCGAGGAGUUCGGCUGGGACUGGAUCAUCGCCCCCAAGCGUUACCGUGCCAACUACUGCUCCGGGGAGUGCGAGUACAUGCACCACCAGCAGUACCCACACGCCCACCUGGUGAUCAAAGCCAACCCCCGGGGCACCGCCGGCCCCUGCUGCACGCCCACCAAGAUGUCCUCCAUCAACAUGCUCUACUUCAACCACAAAGAGCAGAUCAUCUACGGAAAGAUCCCGUCCAUGGUGGUGGACCACUGCGGCUGCUCCUGA